GGAGGAGGCGGUGGCGGCGGCGGAGAAGCCCCGGUUGCCCCCCACUGAGCCCUCCGUCCGUCCCCCCAAAAAGCGAGGCAACUGGAGAAGUUGGAGCAGGAGCUUUCGGUGCCGCAGCUUCAGACUUUCCAGCUUUUCCUGGGGACGGAGGGGAGAAAGUCUGCUUAGGGCUUCUUCCUGGAGGAGGAGACCCUUCCCCUCUUCGCUUGCUCUCCCUCACAACAACACUGGCUCCUUCACACACACACUUAGACACACAAACACACACACACACACACGAGUGUGGCAGGCAGAGCCCCGCGGCGGAGAAGCCAGCGAAGAAGUCACUCCUCUCCUCUCGCCUCCUGCCCCCUCUGCCCCCCCCCCGCUUUGCUCCCGAGGGGCUUUGCCUCCAGAGCCAGCGCUGCGCAUCUGGGCUCCUUGCGAGCGGCGCAAAGGGAAAGAGACACAGAGAAGGGCAGCCUUGCUGGGGCUGCAGUUGGUGGCGUUUUGUGAUUUCUUCUUCAGUUGUUAGAAGAGCCUUUUCCCUCCCACUCUCAGGAAUUAGGAAGGAAGGAAGGAAGGAUAAACCCACUCUGAUGUGAGCCCCGUGGUUGGGGUGGCUGGGUUGGAAGUCUGAGCAGAAAGGUGAAGCACACAUGCAGCAAAGGCGGUCGCUGUGCAAAAAUCCCCAACCAGUUCAGAUGUUGCUGUUUCAUCCAUUUGCAGGUCUAUGGAAAUGCAGGAUCUAGCCAGCCCUCAUAGCCGUCUAAGUGGUAGUAGCGAAUCUCCUAAUGGUCCGAAACUUGAUAAUUCUCAUAUAAAUAAUAAUUCCAUGACACCCAAUGGCACAGAAGAUGAAAUCCAGAACACUUACCCUGGCUUGCUCCAAAACAAACUAGCAUUUAAAACAGAGCCAAUGAGCAGCAGUGAGAUUGCAACUACAACAGCAGACGGGUCUUUAGACAGUUUCUCAGGAUCAGCAAUUGGAAGUAGUGGCUUUAGCCCAAGACAAACUCAUCCAUUUUCCCCUCCACAGAUAUACCCGUCCAAUAGACCAUACCCACAUAUUCUUCCUACUCCUUCUUCACAAACCAUGGCUGCAUAUGGACAGACACAAUUUUCCACAGGGAUGCAACAAGCCACUGCUUAUUCAGCCUACCCACAGCCAGGGCAACCCUAUGGAAUUCCAUCAUAUGGUGCAUUGUGGGCAGGCAUCAAGACAGAAGGUGGAUUGUCUCAAACGCAGUCGCCUGGACAGACAGGCUUUCUGAGCUAUGGUGCUAGCUUUAGCACUCCCCAGCCAGGACAGGCUCCUUACAGUUACCAGAUGCAAGGAAGCAGUUUUACAACAUCAUCUGGAAUAUAUGCUGGAAAUAAUUCACUUACAAAUUCAACCGGAUUUAAUAGCUCGCAGCAGGAAUAUCCAUCUUACCCCAGCUUUGGCCAAGGUCAAUAUGCACAGUAUUAUAACAGUUCGCCAUAUCCUUCACAUUAUAUGACAAGCAGCAACACAAGUCCAACAACACCUUCCUCCAAUGCAACAUACCAGCUUCAAGAACCACCAUCUGGCAUUACAAGUCAAGCAGUUACAGAUCCUACAGCAGCAGAGUAUAGUACAAUCCACAGCCCAACGACACCCAUUAAAGAUUCAGAUGCAGACAGGUUACGUCGCAGCUCAGAUGGCAAAUCACGUGGCAGAGGCAGAAGGAAUAAUAAUCCUUCACCACCACCUGACUCUGACCUAGAGAGAGUUUUUAUUUGGGAUUUGGAUGAGACAAUCAUCAUUUUCCACUCCCUGCUUACAGGAUCCUAUGCUAACAGAUAUGGGAGAGAUCCACCUACUUCUGUUUCACUGGGACUGAGGAUGGAAGAGAUGAUUUUCAACUUGGCAGACACGCAUCUAUUCUUCAAUGAUUUAGAAGAAUGUGACCAAGUUCAUAUUGAUGACGUUUCAUCAGAUGAUAAUGGACAGGACUUAAGCACCUAUAACUUUGGAACAGAUGGCUUCCCUGCAGCAGCUACCAGUGCUAAUUUAUGCUUAGCAACGGGUGUGCGUGGAGGAGUGGAUUGGAUGAGAAAACUGGCCUUCCGAUAUAGACGAGUAAAAGAAAUCUACAACACCUACAAAAAUAAUGUUGGAGGUCUUCUGGGUCCAGCAAAGAGAGAAGCUUGGUUGCAGCUUAGAGCAGAAAUUGAAGCCCUUACAGAUUCUUGGUUAACACUUGCACUGAAAGCACUAACACUCAUUCACUCUAGGACAAAUUGUGUGAAUAUCCUAGUGACGACUACUCAGCUUAUUCCAGCUCUUGCAAAAGUCUUGCUGUAUGGCUUAGGUGUAGUAUUUCCAAUAGAAAAUAUUUACAGUGCAACUAAAAUAGGGAAAGAAAGCUGUUUUGAGCGCAUAAUUCAAAGAUUUGGAAGAAAAGUAGUAUAUGUUGUUAUAGGAGAUGGUGUGGAAGAAGAACAAGGAUCAAAGAAGCAUGCCAUGCCAUUCUGGAGGAUCACAAGCCACUCUGACCUAAUGGCUCUUCAUCAUGCCUUGGAACUGGAGUACUUAUAAUAGCACUUUGUAACCCCACAACUUCCCUCUUGCCCAUGGACAGUGUGCCUGUGUUUUGUGUCAGCACUGGGCUACAGAACUUUUGUGAUUUCAUCAUGUUGAUGUACAGCUGCAAUUGGUCUUAACCUUUGCCCUUCUAGUAAAUGGAGGAGCAUGUCGCUUUCUUCAGAAACAGCUGUUGAUUCUAGCACUGUGAAUCCGAAGAAAACAAGCCAUGGUGAGAAUGUUUUGACAGUGUGUUCUUAAACAUUUGCUACAUUGAAAGGUUCAUACCUGUGAAGGGACUAGGAAAUGCUUUAUGGUUUCUAGAAUCUUCAGUGUGGUGCACACACACCUUUGAAAGUACAGCAAACUUGAUUGCACAACAAAGACUGAGCUUUUUUUUAAAAAAAAAGAAUCCCAUGGAUACAUUUCUUGAAAAGGUUUACUUUUUUUAAUUUCUCAGACCCAGGGUACUCUGUAAAUCCUUACUUAUUUAUGAACAGACUCUGUUUUGACAUCAUCAUCUAAAUGUGGAUAAUGUAUGAUAAAUGAAUGGCUAUACUGUGUCUUUGCCUUCUGAUAACAAAAUUAUUUUGAUUUUAGCACAUUGCAAAGUAGUUUAAAGUAUGUCUAAUUUAAGCAAAUAGGUACAUCACUGAGACAAUCGUGUACAGGAAGAAUGUUUUUGUGUAAAUUUGUAAUGAAUGGAUGAUGUUUUACAUAUUGUUUAGGCAAAUACUAUUGAAAGGUAGUAAUGGCUUUUUGGUGAAGUUUGAGGCAGUGUGUGCACAAACUAUUGUGCUGUGCCUUAUGAAAGUAUUGUGUAUAAAUAUGUAGAUAAUGGAAAUUUUUAGAUCAGUUUGUCAAGACCAAAAGCAUGGAUGUCAAGUGUCAAUAAGGAAUACCUUUUUAUUUCUUUUUUCCUUCUAGAUUUUUCAUCAGCAAAUCUGUUAUACCAAAAUAUCUCUUCUCCUUGCAUCUUGCCCACAAUGGUUGGCUUCUCAUUUACAUUUUGUACUUGAGUUGAUAGGUCCAAGCACAAAAUAUAUGUAACUCGCAUCAGGUGAUAGUGGUUUAUAUGUUUAAAUGGCUACUUCUCCUGGAGACAUGGAUGCAGAUGAAGGUUUGGUUGAUCUAUCACUGUUUUAAUGAAUUUUGCUAAGAAAAGCAGAAAUUUAAAUAUGCAUAUAUAUUGUCAGGUGAUACAAAGAAUGUGUAUCAGAACACACCUGGAAACUAAGAGUAGUACUCUGCUGUUUUCAUCAGGUUGGAUCCAGAAUUUGCUUCUUGUAGAUGAAAAGGUGCCAUCCAUUAAUGAAAGGCUUCUAACCCAGUGAAAGAAACCCACUGGUGGAAUGGGGGAUGGCACUGGAGAAUUGGCUCUCCAGAACAGUGGAGAAAGACUAUAGGGUGAGGGGGGAAAUUGCCCCCAUUUUUCCACCAGUGGCAAAGUUCUGACAAUGGUUCCAUGCAGAGGAUGCUGUCAGAAGUGGAAGAACAUUCAAUCCCACCUAUUUUCUUUAUUAAUAAAUAUGUAGUGUGGGGAAAGUAAAUACUUUUUUUCCUGAAGAAAAAAAACCAGAGUGUAUCUUGACUGAAUAAAAUAAUAAAAACAAAGUGUCCAUGCACUCAGAAAGUAAAAAUAAAAGCAACCACUUUACUUUAGAGUAAAAAAGAUAAGCUCUUUCCAGAAUUCAGUCAGUACAUAUUAACUAUGGAUUAUCUGAAUCUUUUGUCCCACUUCCUUAAAAAAUAAAAAAAGAAUUGUCCAAAAUAUUUUAAAACCUCACACUGAAGCCUGCCAAAGAACAGAGUGUAAAGAGUUGCAAUUUAGUGACAAGCAGCUCUAAGGCAAAGAACAAAAAAAAGAAAGAAAGACCCUGACAAUAUGCUGAAAAGAGCAGAACAUGGUAUUUUAAAUCAUUCUUUACAUGUGAUGUUUUACAUUACCUGGUGAAGCAGAUCUCCCAAAGACCUUUCCUACCUAUGUGGCGAGAAAACAAAUAAAAAAUGUAGUUUGCAGUGAGUAAAACCAUCAUACAUGAAGUAUUUUGUAAUAAUUUUCUUUUUCAUUCAUGACCUACUAAUUUGAUAAGAAAUUAGAAACUGGCAAACAUUUAGUUUCAUCAUUAAUUUUCACUGUCACACACCAGUAACCCAGAUUUUUCUAUUGGUCCAUUGCUGGCAAUGGGCACAGUAAACAGUUAUUGCCAAUUUUGUUUAGACUGCUUGUAACCAUCUUAUACCACAUUUGAACCAUACCCAUAUUCUGUACAAUAUGGUUAACAUAAACAAUCUAGGCCAUUUUACUUUGAGCUGGUUUAGAUAAGUGGUGCUUUCUUAUCCAUUGUUACCCCAUCCAUACUUUCUUCCUUCCCCUGCCAAAAGCUUGGUUGAGCAUACAUUAGUACCAUCAGUGCAUUGCUCCAUUUGAUCAGCAUUCUUAACCAAGAUUGUGGUGGGAGGCUGCAAUUGCAUAACCUAGCCCUAGUGUUACAACCAUGGCUAAGAGAAGCCCCUUGUUAGGUCUGUAUUUUAUCCAUGGGUCUAAAUGCUUAGCUGAAUCAGGCCAGUGAAGUUUUCAUUCUAAGCCUUGGUUCUUCUAGUUCUUUCUCCAACAUCUGGAUUUUUGUUUUAUGAAAUAAACCAAUUUUAAAGCCAGCUGCUAGUAAAGCAACAACAGUAGCUGUGAGGUAACCCCUCCUUUCAUGGAGGAUGCAUAUUGCUGCUACAGUUUAUAAUUAUUUUGUGGAUUGUUUUAUGGCACCCUGUCAUCAAUAACUUUAUGUAUCAAGAGCAAUCCAAUUCAGGGACUACUCAUAGUCUGUAAAGUUAAGCACAUACACAAGUCUUUUAAUGACAGGGGCUGUAAUUAGUUGUUUUUCUUUUUUGCUUUAAGCAAAAUAGAGAUGGACAUUUUUUUCCUUUAUUUCAAUUUUUUGUAGUCAAUAUGCUGACUAAAAAGUUUUUUGUCUGGGCCUUAUUGUACAAAACGUGUGUUGUGUCCGCAAUUGUGUACAGAAAUUUUCCUCCAUUCAUUUUGUGCUUAAAUUAAUAAAAUUGAUUUGUGACAUAUUA